CGCGAAGCGCUUCGACGAUGUUCGCUCGAGCGCUGCGACGCGCGUCGAACGAUGCGAUCGCGCGAACGCGCGCGCGCGGAUACAAAGUCGCCGUCCUCGGCGCGGCGGGCGGGAUCGGCCAGCCGUGCGGGUUGCUCAUGAAGAUGAAUCCGCUGGUGACGGAACUGGCGCUGUACGACAUCGCGGGCACGCCGGGCGUCGCGGCGGACGUGUCGCACGUGAACACGGCGGCGCAGACGAAGGGAUACGCCGGAGAUGGUGAGCUCGGGGCGGCGCUGAAGGACGCGGACGUGGUGAUCAUUCCGGCGGGCGUGCCGCGAAAGCCGGGGAUGACGCGGGACGACUUGUUCGCGAUCAACGGAGGGAUCGUGAAGGGACUCGUGGAGGCGAUCGCGGAUAACUGUCCGAACGCGAUGAUUAAUAUGAUCUCGAAUCCGGUGAACUCGACGGUGCCGAUCGCGGCGGAGGUGUUGAAGGCGAAGGGCAAGUACGACGCGAGAAAGCUCUUCGGGGUGACGACGCUGGACGUGGUGCGAGCGAAGACGUUCUACGCGGAGAAGGCGGGCUUGGAGACGGCGAAAGUGGACGUCCCCGUCGUCGGCGGUCACGCUGGAAUCACGAUUUUGCCGUUGUUCUCUCAAGCGACGCCCAAGGCGAGCAACUUGUCCGAGGCGGAUAUCGACGCGUUGACCAAGCGCACGCAAGACGGCGGUACCGAAGUCGUCGCCGCCAAGGCUGGUAAGGGCUCUGCCACGCUUUCUAUGGCGUACGCGGGCGCUUUGUUCGCCGACGCGUGCUUGCGCGCCAAGAAUGGCGAAGCCAACAUCGUCGAGUGCACGUACGUCGAGUCUAAGAUCACCGACGCCGCGUUCUUCGCCUCCAAGGUGACGCUCGGCCGCGAUGGCGUCGACACCAUCCACGGUCUCGGUUCUCUCACCGCGUACGAGCAAGCCAACCUCGACGCCAUGAUCCCGCAGCUUCAAGGCGAGAUCAAGAAGGGUAUCGACUUUGUCAAGGGCGCGUAAACGAAGCGCUCUCCGCUUCUCAAACAAUUUUGUUAUUGACCGAAUAUUCUCAUCAAUGCAA